UUUGGGAAGCGGAAAGUUGAAAGCGUCGCCGAGGCUGAACUGCGGGGGAGAGAUGCGCGGGUCUCCGUAUCCUUCCCUCUUCCCUCUUCUUCUUUUUCUUUCCUCCCGCUUCAGUUCACUCUUUAUCUUCAUCUCUGGGUUCUUGCAAAGCUCGUCAAAACAGCCACAGAAACCAUGGGGAACUACCUCAACAAAGAGCCUCCGCCGCCAAUGGUCCUUGUACCUCCUCUCUUCGACUUCCCUCCUCUCGCUGCCCGCACCAGGAUGCUGGAGUCUUCGUAUAACUUGUUAUUUGGUAAACUUGCUUUGAGAUGCCUCUUUGAGGAUUACUUUGAGGUAGCAAAGCAUUUUAGCACAAGAAUUUUGCUAAAGCCGAUUGAUGAUCCUCAUGUGGAUUUGGUUGCGACUGUUUCUGGUCCACUUGAUCAUAAACCCGAGGAGCCCAUUGUGGGAAAUGCACUAUUUCGCUGGCAAAGCGAUGAUCUAAUGCUUUCUUGUACAAGCAGCGAUGUUGAUGAUCCUCAUACAUUUGUGGACCUUUUCGUAUCAAAUUCUGAUCCGAUAUUACGAAUGAGGUCAUGUGCUUACUAUCCUAAAUUUGGGUUUGGAGCAUUUGGCAUUUUCCCGUUGUUAGCAAAGAAAAGAAUGUCUUUUGAAGAUUUUGGUGUUAUGGGAUUGAGAUAUGGCUCGGGAAACCUGUCAGCUGGAGCGAUGCUUAUACCCUUUUCUUCAGCUGAUGAAUACCCAAAAUGUGCUUGGUUGGUUAGCAAGAUGGGAAGGUUAACUGCUGGGGUACAAUAUGAACCACUGUCAGCUGGGAGCAAAGGCAGCGCAAGAUUUAAAAAUUUAAUGAAUUGGAGCGGUGCAAUCGGCUAUGGACUAGGGUCAACCAGCCCUUUGAGCCCAUCCUUCAAUUUUUGUCUCGAGUUCGCAAAAACUUCUCAGUUCAUUGCCUCUUUCUAUCAACAUUUCGUGGUUCAGCGACGGGUUAAGAACCCAUUGGAAGAAAAUGAAGUAGUUGGGAUUACAAAUUAUAUUGACUUUGGUUUUGAGUUACAAACAAGGGUUGAUGAUGCCAAAUCAUCUAACAAUAUCCCAGAUUCCACCUUCCAAGUAGCUGCGUCUUGGCAAGCCAAUAAAAACUUCUUAUUGAAGGGUAAGGUUGGCCCUCUGAGCUCUUCUAUAGCAUUUGCUUUCAAAUCAUGGUGGAAGCCUUCUUUCACUUUCAGUAUUUCAGCUACAAGAGACCGUGCUGUUGGAAAGACUGCUUUUGGAUUUGGCAUCCGUGUUGAAAAUCUUAGGGAAGCGAGUUAUCAAAGGGCUGAUCCAAAUUUUGUGAUGCUGACACCAAGCAAGGAGCAUCUAGCAGAAGGCAUUGUUUGGAAGAUUGGGAAGAGACCAAUGUUACAAUCAGAUGUAAAUUCUGGCAAUUUUGAUGGCUUGCCAAGGGAAUUGAGACCCCUUGGAAAAAUCUUAUAGUUACCCUCCCUCCCUGUUGCCAAUGAAAUCGAGACCCAUGAUUUUUUUUCUUUCACCAUUUUUUUUUUAAAUGAAAUUUAUGUCAAGUAGGCUAUUGCAAGUCCUUUAGGGGUAUUACAGCACUCGAGCAUUAUAAUUUCAAUUAGUUUCAAGCAUACAGAUAGUGAAUGGUUUCUACCCAAAGAGUAGAAAGGGAAACUAGGAAUCAUGAAUAUUACAAAAACUCUACCCUCUCGAUCUGUUUCAUUUUGAUAAUUUAAUUAAAUGAGCCUGUUGCCUCAUGGAUUAGGAGUCACCAUGAGCAGAUACAGUGGAGAACUUUUUAAACUCAGAUGGGAUUAUCGGUUGAUAUUGUAGCAGAUAUAGAGAUGAAUUGUCACUUGUUAAAUGUGAUAUGAGAAAUAGAAUGUGAUGGUUUGACAA